GCGAGGAUUGCAACUGUACUCAGGCAGUGGACUGGGCUUUCAUUCACUGUGGUGGCGGCUGGUCAUGGGCAAUGAUCAUCCCGUCGUUUCGAUCUCAUGUUUCUGGCCGGGUUGGCUGGCCUGGUGCUUAUGGCAGGGUCAUCCACGCCUUCUCGUCGGUCACACGAAAGCACCAGAGACAUUGAGCUUUGUGUUGCACCAGCUGAAGCCAGCUGCGGCCGAGAGCUGAGCUUUGGAAACCCGAGUCUCUGUUCUACAUUCCAACAAGCCCCGGAGGAUGCAGAACGAUGAAAUCCUCGUGGCAUCUGAGACGAGAACAUUCCGCAGUAGUGAAGAACAAACCACGGGCCACGAACCGGGACGACAACUCACAAAGCUUGGACCCGGCGUUGCCAACUCCAUCUUCGAUUCUGAUGGACGAUCAUGGAGAAGGCGGAAAUUUUCUCCUGCUCCACGUCGGCGCACACGUACCGCAUGUCUUGGCACAGCUGGCCACAGCGGCAGAUGGGAGAUGGUUGAUGGAUCGUGGCCCUCUGUCUCCCGUCUAGAGUUGCAUCGAGACAACGUGACGAUGUGGACUGGGAAAUGGCACGGCGGCAGAGGCAGUCGGUCAGUGACACUUUGGGGGCCAGACUACCAAGUACCAACUUCCAAAACUUCCAACAACUCCGGAACUGCAUGGCGCGACAACGUCGCACACAAUGGACCAUUUCAGGGCUACUGCGUCGAUCCCAUUCUCCCCCCGAAGAGACGCCACAUUGAUCCGAUCCCCCUGAUAUUUGGCUCUCCGGAGUACAGAUUACCGCAGUGCGGAUGCACAACAGAGACCAGAGACUGGAGAGAGGCUGUCAGCAAAUCUAGGUCAUCCACCAAAGGGGGGACCAAGGGGCUGAGCGCAGACUCCCUGUUGGUCGGUGCCUCGACAUGUUCCUGGCUAAAAUCUGGUCUAAGGCAAGAAUUGAGGGGGAUGAGGCCACUGAGCCGACCGACAUACUGCCGCUCCGACUCAUUACUUUCUCCUCCGCUUCCAAGUUUCCGUCCCGAUUCCCUAGCCACGGAGCCUGACACAAGAUUGAGCACGACUGAAAGAUGUCACUAUUGACAGGCUUUAUCGGACUAUUCCCGACAUAUCUAUAGCUACCAUAC